AUAAUAUAUGUUUCUUUAUUUUUUCCCCCUCAAUUAGCUGUUGGGUUUUCCAUUUGUGGGGUAUAUACAAACUUUUCUGUGCUUGAUAGUGAAAGACAAAGAGAAUAUUGAGUUCUGAGGUUUGAAAGUAAAGAGCUUGAUUCCUCAACAAUCAAAAGAUGUGUGUGUGAAAAUAUAAUAUUUUUGGGUUUUUUUGGUUGUUCUUGUUGGGAUCUUCAAAGCUUCAAGUCCAUUUCUCUCUCAAUUUUCCUGGGUUUCUUGAUGUAGAUCAUUUGGGGUUUUAGGGUUUUGACUGUACUUGCCAAUACUUUGCUUCCGAAUGAUUCUGUGCUCCUGUGACAUUAUCUAGGGUUGUGAGUGUUUUUCUAGAAUCUGAGCUCAAGACCACCUUUUCAGGGAUUCUUAGCUAUCUCAAGAGAUGGUGAGAGGGAAAGUUCAGUUGAAGAGAAUUGAGAAUGUAACAAACAGACAAGUGACUUUUUCAAAGAGGAAAAAUGGGCUUUUGAAAAAGGCUUAUGAGCUAUCAGUUCUGUGUGAUGCUGAAGUGGCUGUGAUAAUCUUCUCUCAGAAAGGAAGGCUCUAUGAUUUUUCAAGCUCCAAGUCACGUGCCACAAGGAAGCUAAAUUGCCUACUCUAUUUGUUUACUUGGAGCAUCUAUUAUCCCAUGCAAAAGACUAUAGAGCGAUACGGUGAACAUGUGAAAAUGGUGCAAACCAACAAUCCUAAUGAAGAACAAUUCACGCAGCAACUGGAGCAUGAAGCAACAAUUAUGUCGCAGAAGAUAAAGAUUAUUGAAGCUCAUCAACGGAAAUUUCUUGGGCAAGAUCUGGCAUCUUGUUCGGUUGAGGAACUCAGAGAGAUUGGCAGCCAGCUGGAGCAAAGCUUAAGAAGCGUUAGGGCGAGGAAGGAGCUGUUAUUCAAGGAACAAAUAGAUCGAUUAAAAGAAAAGGAGAGACUCUUGUUGGAAGAAAACGCAAAGUUACAUGAAAAGUGUGCAGAGAAACCAUGGCAGCUACAACCAGCAAAGGAGAAAGAAGUUGCAAUGAGCAGCCGUAGUAGUCUAAGUUCAGAGAUGGUGGAGACUGAACUGUUCAUCGGCCUGCCUCUAAUGCGCUGCUGAUAGCAAAUUUUCAUCCUCCUCCAUAUUGACUGCACAUCAUAUAUACACACUUGAUUCAACAUCAAAUGAUUGCAUUUCAAGGCAUGCAAUAGAUCAAAUGAUGGAACAAUUUGGGUACGGCAAAAAGAUCAUAUGUACUUAUUCGAUCUAGUAAGUGUAUCUUAUGUCAAAAUUGAGAAAUUCUAUGUACCUAUUCUCUUAUUUAUUACCUUGGUCUACUAUAUAGGCAGGAUACCGUUAUUGUUACUAAGAAACUGAAAGAAACCUCGAAAACGGAAGAAAGGGCUCGCAUGCAAAUCUCGGGUCUUGAUUGGUAUGCUUAUUGGUAUAUAUUUGUUAGUUUCUUCUAAUAUUGUUGUUUUGUUUCUGGAAAUGCCAUUCUGUAAUUCCAUAUA